AACGAAAACACGAUAUCAAGCAGACUGAAAAACAUGACAUGCCACCAGAACACAUUAGAAAAGUUAUGAAUGAACACGGAGAUAUGUCGUCUAAACGUUACCGACACGAUAAACGUGUUUAUUUAGGAGCACUUAAGUUUGUCCCUCAUGCUAUUUACAAAUUGUUAGAAAACAUGCCAAUGCCGUGGGAACAAGUCCGUAACGUAAAAGUAUUGUAUCAUGUUACUGGGGCCAUUACUUUUGUUGAUGAAAUUCCGUGGGUAAUUGAGCCGGUUUAUUUAGCACAAUGGGGGACAAUGUGGAUUAUGAUGAGAAGGGAAAAACGAGAUAGGAAGCAUUUUAAACGUAUGCGGUUUCCCCCUUUUGAUGAUGAGGAACCACUUUUGAGUUAUGGUGAGAAUUUGUUAGAUGUGGACCCGUUGGAACCUAUUCAGUUAGAGUUGGAUGAGGUUGAGGAUUCUGCGGUUUGUGAUUGGUUUUAUGAUCACAAGGGUUUAGUUAAGACGAAGUGUAACGGGGAGGGUUAUAGAAAGUGGGAUUUGUCGGUGGAUAUAAUGGCGACGUUGCAUAGGUUAGCAGGGCAGUUGCUUUCGGAUUUGACUGAUAGGAAUUAUUUUUAUUUGUUUGAUGUGGCAUCGUUUGUUACUGCUAAAUCGCUUAAUGUGUGUAUACCUGGUGGGCCAAAAUUUGAGCCUUUGUUUAGGGAUAUGGAGAAAGGAGAUGAGGAUUGGAACGAGUUUAAUGAUAUUGGUAAACUUAUUAUUCGAUCGCCUUUGAGGACUGAGUAUCGGGUUGCUUUUCCUUAUUUGUAUAAUAAUAGGCCGAGGAAAGUUAGGCUGGGCGUUUAUCAUGUUCCUAUGGUUAUGUAUAUGAAAACAGAUGAUCCUGAUUUGCCUGCAUUUUAUUAUGAUCCCUUGUUACACCCGAUAACUUGUUCUGCUAAAAAAGAUUAUAAUCCUGAUUAUGCUGCUGUUGAUUAUGAGGAUGAUGAUUUCUGGUUGCCAGAGGGCGUCGAGCCUUUGCUUACGAACACAGCUUUAUACACGGAUAAUACAGCUGCUGGUAUUUCUUUGUUGUAUGCACCACGCCCCUUUAAUAUGAGAUCUGGCAGGAUGAGACGUGCUCAAGAUAUUCCCAUUGUGUCUGAAUGGUACAAGGAACAUUGUCCUUCAUCGUUUCCAGUUAAAGUUCGUGUCAGUUAUCAGAAGUUGUUAAAGUGUUUUGUAUUGAAUGAGCUGCAUCACAGACAGCCAAAAGCUCAAAAUAAGAAGAACUUGUUUCAGUCUCUUAAGGCUACCAAGUUUUUCCAGUCGACAGAACUUGAUUGGGCUGAAGCAGGGCUGCAAGUUUGUAAGCAGGGUCACAACAUGCUCAAUUUGUUGAUCUGUAGGAAGAAUCUUAACUACCUUCAUCUAGACUACAAUUUUAAUUUGAAGCCUGUUAAGACUCUCACUACCAAGGAGCGUAAGAAGUCAUGGUUUGGGAAUGCUUUUCAUCUUUGUCGUGAAAUCUUGCGUUUAACUAAGCUUGUUGUUGAUGCCAAUAUCCAGUAUCGUUUGGGGAAUGUGGAUGCGUUUCAGUUGGCUGAUGGUCUUCAGUAUACAUUCUCACAUGUUGGACAGUUGACUGGUAUGUAUCGUUAUAAAUACAGACUAAUGAGACAGAUUCGGAUGUGUAAAGAUUUGAAACAUUUGAUUUAUUACAGGUUUAAUACUGGGCCAGUUGGGAAGGGACCCGGAUGCGGUUUCUGGGCACCUAUGUGGAGGGUGUGGUUGUUUUUCCUUCGUGGUAUAGUGCCUCUACUAGAAAGGUGGCUCGGGAAUUUACUUGCUCGCCAGUUUGAGGGGAGGCAUUCAAAAGGGGUAGCUAAGACUGUUACAAAGCAACGUGUUGAAAGUCAUUAUGAUCUUGAACUUCGUGGUGCUGUGAUACAUGAUCUUGUUGAUGCUAUGCCAGAGGGAAUAAAGCAGAAUAAGUCAAAAACAGUUAUACAGCAUUUAAGUGAAGCAUGGCGCUGUUGGAAGGCAAAUAUCCCAUGGAAGGUUUCUAGUUUACCGGCUCCUAUUGAGAAUGUGAUUCUUCGAUAUGUGAAGUCAAAAGCUGAUUGGUGGACUAAUGUUACUCACUAUAACCGUGAACGUAUAAGGAGGGGUAGCACGGUUGAUAAGACCGUUUGUAAGAAAAAUUUGGGGAGAUUGACUUGUCUUUGGCUGAAGUCUGAACAGGAACGCCAGCACAACUACUUGAAAGAUGGUCCAUCUGUGUCUCCAGAAGAAGCCGUGGCUAUUUACACUACCACGCUUCAUUGGUUGGAAUCUAGAAAGUUCACAACCAUACCUUUUCCUCCAUUGUCUUACAAGCAUGACACAAAGCUUCUUAUUCUUGCUCUCGAGAGGCUUAAGGAAUCUUACAGUGGUAAUGUGAGGUUAAAUCAGCUCCAAAGAGAAGAAUUGGGAUUGAUUGAACAAGUUUAUGACAAUCCACAUGAGACGUUAGCAAGAAUUAAGCGUCAUCUUCUUACCAUGCGUGCUUUUAAAGAAGUUGGCAUUGAGUUUAUGGAUUUAUACAACUGUCUGGUUCCGGUUUAUGAGAUUGACCCUCUCGAGAAGAUCACAGAUGCAUAUCUUGAUCAGUUCUUAUGGUUUGAAGCUGACAAAAAGCAUCUCUUUCCGAAUUGGAUCAAGCCUGCAGAUUCAGAACCGCCACCACUAUUGGUUUACAAAUGGUGCCAGGGGAUAAAUAACUUGCAGGGUAUAUGGGACACUGGUGAUGGGGAGUGUGUAGUGAUGCUUCAAACGAAGUUUGAGAAGCUCUUUGAGAAGAUUGAUUUUACUAUGCUUAACAGGCUUCUAAAACUGGUCCUUGAUCACAAUAUUGCUGAUUAUAUCACAGCAAAGAACAAUGUUGUGUUGUCAUAUAAAGAUAUGAGUCACACGAACUCAUAUGGGCUGAUACGUGGGCUUCAUUUUGCUUCUUUUGUGGCACAGUAUUAUGGGUUGGUAUUGGAUCUUUUAACUCUUGGUUUGACCCGUGCGAGUGAAAUUGCUGGUUCACCACAGAUGACUAAUGAGUUCGCCACUUUCCAGGAUACCAAAGUUGAAACAAGACAUCCAAUACGACUGUACUCCCGGUACAUCGAUAAAGUGCAUAUGCUAAUCCGAUUUACACACACAGAGGCUCGGGAUCUGAUUCAGCGUUUUCUCACGGAGCAUCCUGAUCCCAACAAUGAAAAUAUGGUUGGUUACAAUAAUAGAAAAUGCUGGCCCGGAGAUGCAAGAAUGAGGCUCAUGAAACAUGAUGUUAAUCUUGGAAGGAGCGUUUUCUGGGACUUGAAGAAUUGUCUUCCUCGGAGUAUCACGACCCUGGAGUGGCAGAAUAGCUUUGUUUCUGUUUAUAGCAAAGACAAUCCCAACCUUCUAUUUAGCAUGUGUGGGUUUGAGGUCCGUAUAUUGCCUAAAGUAAGAGUAACUCAGGAGGCAUUCAGUAAUAUGAAAGAUGGAAUUUGGAAUCUGCAGAAUGAAAUGACAAAAGAGCUUACUGCAGUUGCUUUCUUACGUGUUGACGAUGAACAAAUAAAAGAGUUUGAAAAUCGUGUUAGGCAGAUUCUUAUGAGUUCAGGGGCUACAACAUUCACAAAAGUUGUUAACAAGUGGAAUACAGCUCUAAUAGGUUUAAUGACAUACUUCCGGGAAGCAACUAUUAACACGCGUGAGCUAUUAGAUCUGUUGGUCAAAUGUGAAAACAAAGUACAAACACGUAUCAAGAUUGGCCUGAACUCAAAAAUGCCUAGCAGGUUCCCGCCUGUGAUUUUCUACACACCUAAGGAGAUUGGAGGGCUUGGCAUGUUAUCAAUGGCUCACAUCUUGAUUCCACAGAGUGAUUUCCGUUACAAUCGGCAGACAGAUGUUGGGAUUACACACUUUAGGAGUGGUAUGAGUCACGGGGCAGACCAGUUGAUUCCAAAUCUGUCUCGUUAUAUUCAGUCAUGGGAAAGCGAGUUCAUUGAUUCACAACGUGUUUGGGCAGAAUUUGCUAUCAAGAGACAGCUAGCACAGUCCACUAACAAACGUUUGAGCGUUGAAGACUUUGAUGACACUUAUGAUCGUGGAAUACCGAGGAUCAAUACGUUGUUCCAGAAGGAUAGACAUACAUUAGCAUAUGACAAAGGAUGGAGGGUGAGGACAGAAUAACAAUAUCAGAUUCUGAAACAAAAUCCAUUCUGGUGGACACACCAAAGGCAUGAUGGUAAACUUUGGAACUUGAAUAAUUACAGAACCGAUGUUAUUCAAGCACUUGGUGGUGUUGAGGGAAUUCUCGAGCAUACAUUGUUCAAGGGAACAUAUUUCCCAACUUGGGAGGGUCUUUUUUGGGAGAAAGCUUCUGGUUUUGAAGAGUCAAUGAAGUACAAGAAGCUAACAAAUGCACAAAGAUCUGGGCUGAACCAGAUUCCAAACCGCAGGUUCACACUUUGGUGGUCGCCCACUAUUAACCGGGCGAAUGUUUAUAUCGGUUUCCAAGUGCAGUUAGAUCUGACAGGAAUAUUCAUGCACGGAAAAAUACCGACCUUAAAAAUCUCUCUUAUUCAAAUCUUCCGUGCUCACUUGUGGCAGAAGAUUCACGAGAGUGUGGUGAUGGAUCUCUGCCAGGUAUUGGAUCAAGAGUUGGAUGCAUUGGAAAUCGAGACUGUGCAGAAGGAGACAAUCCAUCCAAGAAAGAGUUACAAAAUGAACAGUUCCUGUGCCGACAUUCUUUUAUUUGUUGCACAUAGAUGGCCCAUGUCAAAACCAAGCCUGGUAGCCGAGUCAAAUGAUGUCUUUGAUCAGAAAGCAAGUAAUAAGUACUGGAUUGAUGUGCAGCUUCGUUGGGGUGAUUAUGAUUCUCAUGACAUCGAGCGCUAUACAAGGGCCAAGUUCAUGGACUACACUACUGAUAACAUGUCCAUCUAUCCAUCACCAACAGGGGUGAUGGUUGGAAUAGAUCUCGCCUACAACCUGCAUUCAGCUUUUGGUAAUUGGUUCCCUGGUUCAAAGCCACUUUUAGCCCAGGCCAUGAAUAAGAUUAUGAAGUCAAAUCCGGCUCUAUAUGUGUUAAGGGAGCGUAUAAGGAAAGGGCUGCAGCUAUACUCUUCAGACCCAACUGAACCAUACCUGUCAUCUCAGAACUAUGGAGAAAUCUUCAGCAACCAGCUUAUGUGGUUCGUUGAUGAUACAAAUGUGUACCGUGUGGAAGCUCGCAAGACUUUUGAAGGAAAUAUAACAGCAAAACCAAUCAAUGGUGCCAUUUUCAUAUUUAAUCCUCGCACGGGUCAGCUAUUUCUGAAGGUCAUUCAUACAAGCGUGUGGGCUGGUCAGAAACGUCGUGGUCAACUGGCUAAGUGGAAAACAGCAGAAGAAGUGGCUGCUCUUGUUCGUUCUUUACCCGUUGAGGAACAACCAAAACAAAUCAUUGUCACUCGUAAAGGCAUGCUGGAUCCUCUUGAAGUUCAUUUACUGGAUUUUCCUAAUAUUGUCAUUAAGGGGAGUGAGUUACAGCUUCCUUUCCAAGCGUGUCUAAAAAUUAUGAAAUUUGGUGAUCUGAUUCUGAAAGCAUCCGAACCACAAAUGGUUUUGUUCAAUAUAUAUGAUGAUUGGUUGAAGAGUAUAUCAUCAUACACAGCUUUUCCGAGGCUUAUAUUGAUUCUGAGAGCUUUACAUGUGAAUAAUGAGAAGGCAAGAAUGUUGCUUAAACCUGACAAGACUGUUGUCACCGAGCCGCAUCACAUCUGGCCGUCCCUUACUGAUGAUCAAUGGGUGAAAGUUGAAGUUGCUUUACAAGAUCUCAUUUUGUCUGAUUAUUCAAAAAAGAAUCAUGUUAAUACGUCAGCACUGAGACAAUCCGAGAUACGUGAUAUUAUUCUUGGUGCUGAAAUUACUCCACCUUCUCAGCAGAGGCAACAAAUAGUUGAGAUCGAGAAACAGGCAAAGGAAAGCAGUCAAUUGACAGCUGUCACCACCAGAACUACCAACAUCCAUGGCGAUGAACUUAUCGUGACCACCACUAGUCCUUUUGAGCAAGCUGCAUUUGCUUCCAAGACUGAUUGGCGUAUGAGGGCAAUAUCAGCUGCAAACCUUCAUCACCGUGUGAAUCAUAUAUAUGUGAGCUCAAAAGACUUAAAUCAGACGGGGUAUACAUACGUCAUGCCAAAGAACCUUUUGAAGAAAUUUAUAUGCAUAGCAGAUUUAAGAACACAGAUUUCUGGCUACUUAUAUGGGGUUAGUCCUCCUGAUAAUCUUCAAGUUAAAGAAAUCCGCUGCAUCGUCAUGCCACCACAAUGGGGUACACAUCAACAAGUCCAUCUUCCAUCAAGUAUCCCUGAACAUGACUUCCUUAAAGAUCUGGAACCGUUGGGAUGGAUGCACACACAACCAAACGAGCUUCCUCAGCUCUCACCUCAUGAUAUUUCGUUUCAUGCACAGAUUUUGGAAAAUAAGAAGCAAUGGGACAGGGAGAAGUCUAUUAUUCUGACUUGUAGUUUCACUCCAGGAUCAUGCUCGUUGACUGCUUAUAAACUAACUACAGCAGGUUACCAAUGGGGCCGUGCAAAUAAGAAUACAGGAAGCAAUCCGCAUGGUUAUUUACCAACUCAUUAUGAGAAGGUCCCAUUGCUUCUAAGUGACCGUUUCCUUGGUUUCUACAUGGUUCCUGAUGAUGGUCUGUGGAAUUACAAUUUUAUGGGAGUGAAGCAUACAGUUAGCAUGAAUUAUGGAAUAAAGCUCGGGAAUCCACAUGAAUAUUAUCAUGAAGAUCACAGGCCGACACAUUUUUUGGAGUUUAGCAAUUUGGAAGAGGGUCAUAGAUCUGUGGGAGAUCAGGAGGACACAUUUUCUUGAAGCUCUACUUGCAGCAGGAAGAGAUUGAUGCAUUCUAUUCUUGCUGUAAGCUGAUUGUUUCGCUCUACAGUGAUGUUGUAGUUUAUAUAUGCAUUUUGUUAAUCUUAAAGUUUUUCAUAACUGAUGCUUACGGACCAGGCGUAUCUUGAAAUUUUGUAGGUUAUUUACUUCCGGUGUUCAUCAUGACAUGUUUCAAUAUUAAUGCAUGAUAUUGCGCCAGAAUUCCAAAUUCUUUAUCCUAUCGGCUCUUUAU